AUGUUUAAAAAUAUAGUUGUGCUCUUCUGUUGUAACAGUGCACUGUAAUCAUUCCCUCUGCCUCCCUAAAAGCUCUCUCUGCUUUUGGUCUUGCAAGUCAAAUUAACAUUAAAUUGCCAUAAUUUUGCAUUCUGUCAGUGGGAAGCCAUCUGACAGCAGAGCGCUGAAGGCGGCCAAGUAGAAUCGAAUACAUCAGAACAUACAUUUGUCAUCGAGGAGGACUUUAAAAGUGGUUUUGCUUCUCAAAUCUGAGCAUGCGUACCAACACUUAAUAUGAGCAUCAGCAAAACUGCAGCUGGGAAGAGAGAAGUCCUGGUCUUGCUGUUCUCGUGGAAGGUGCCCAGUGCUAUAGAAGGGGGAGAGGUAUCUCUGAAUCCUCGCCUCGGUGAUGUCCUCUUGGCUCAGUGACUCGUAGGGGCAGUAAAGCUUUAAUCUUUUCAGUGGUAGCUCAGAUGCGUUUCUGAAUUUUUAAUUCCCCCUACUCGGCUGCAUACCAGUCACUCGGGCGGUGCUGAGGAGGAACCGAGUGUGCUUACUGUAGCUUUGGGUUUGUAGAAGUUGCUGGCACAGAUUUCUUUGCUCUUAUCAGAGCCUUAUAGAGUUUACUCCACGUUUAGUAUUGGGGCAGUAUGAAAAGGCUGCUUUACCCGUGGAAGUUGGGGGUGGGGAAACAGUCCCUCCCAAUGUUUAUAUAAUUGACUUCUGUCAAAGGCUAAUGACUUGAAUUGUUCAGAUUACAGUUCCAGGUUAUUAAGUUUCAUGUGUAAGACGUUCGUCAUGUUGAACAUUAGACUGCUUGCCUUGCCAAGCUUCUAAGGAGGGUUGUGACUAAGUCAACAUGUGUUCUGUUUCCUACAUGUAACGUUUUCCUUUACUUAAUAUAUUCAGUAUUGAGAGCAAACAUGAAGUCACAAUCCUAGGAGGACUCAAUGAAUUUGUAGUGAAGUUUUAUGGACCACAAGGAAGAUUCAUGAAUAAAAUUUUCCAUCCCAACAUUGACGAAGCGUCAGGAACUGUAUGUCUAGAUGUAAUUAAUCAAACUUGGACAGCUCUCUACGAUCUCACCAAUAUAUUUGAAUCGUUCCUGCCCCAGUUGCUGGCCUAUCCUAACCCUAUAGAUCCUCUAAAUGGUGACGCCGCAGCCAUGUAUCUUCACCGACCAGAAGAGUACAAACAGAAAAUUAAAGAAUACAUUCAGAAAUAUGCAACAGAAGAAGCACUAAAAGAACAGGAAGAAGCCACCGGGGACAGCUCAUCAGAGAGCUCCAUGUCUGACUUCUCGGAAGAUGAAGCGCAGGAUAUGGAGUUGUAGUAGAAGAAGCGACCUGCUUUUCAGAGAGACUAUUAUUUCCUAACCAU